AUGCUUGACGUAGACACCAUAGCAAGUAAAUGGCUCACCAAGUUUGACGGUGCAGCAUCCUCAGGUGACGUGAGUAGGCUCUUGUUGACAAUCCUGCCCAAUGGAUGGCUUCGGGAUGCUCUCACCUUCACCUGGGACACUCGUUCUUUGGAAGGGCACGACAUGAUAGCGUCUUACCUCUCCAAUAAACUUCCUGCUGCGUGCCUCACAAACUUUAAGCUGGAUGAUCAACCCGGCUUACGACCGCAGGACACGCCUUUUGGUAUCGCUUUCGGGUUUUCUUUCGAGACUGCGAUUGGUCGCGGACACGGGUAUGCACACCUUCUCACAGAUGAGAGUACGGAGGAACCAGAAUGGAAGGCUGUUGCCGUGUGUUUGAUGCUUGAGGAUAUCAAGGGCCACGAGGAGUCCGGUCCCGAGAGCGGCGUCUAUGGUGGACACACACUAUCCUGGGAAGAACUACGCCUGGAACGACGAGCGAAGAUUGAGAACGAUCCUCAUGUCAUCAUAAUUGGAGGAGGACAGAGCGGACUAAAUAUUGCGGCUCGUUUCAAGCAAAUGAAUAUUCCAUCUAUAGUUGUCGAAAAGAACGGUGCCGUCGGAGAUCAGUGGAGAAUGCGGUAUCCGACCCUUACUUUGCACACACCUCGUAAUCACCACGCACUCCUCUACCAGUCUUAUCCCCGUAACUGGCCAAGCUAUACACCACGCGGUAAACUGGCAGACUGGAUGCAGCAGUAUGCCGAAUCUCAGGAUCUGGUAGUUUGGACAAAUUCAACUGUUCUUCCGAGGGCGGCGUAUGACACCAGUACCAAGAGAUGGAACCUAGUGGUCGACAGGGAUGGGUCCGAGGUCGAGCUGCAUCCAGCGCACAUCGUUGUCGCGAUCGGAACUCUAGGCGCACCUAGGAUUCCUGAAAUUUCCGACAGAGACCUGUUCCACGGAGAAGUCCUGCACGCAAGCGCAUACAAGGGUGGGAAGCCGUUCACAGGGAAACGAGUAAUCGUGGUCGGUGCCGGAAACACAGCAGCAGAUAUGUGCCAGGACCUGUCCUUCCACGGCGCCAGUUCGGUGACGAUGGUUCAACGCUCUUCGACCUGUGUAGUCUCGUCGAAGAAUAUUGCGGCGCAGUUCGCAACAUUAUAUCCGGAUGGCAUGCCGGCCGAAAUCUGCGAUUUCAGAUGUUUUUCCUUACCGUUCGGCUUGCAGAAGAAAGUUGCGAUCGCAAACCAGGAUCAGGCAUGGGCGAGGGAGAAGCCAUUGCACGACAAACUAAGGAAGGGUGGCUUGAAGCUGAAUAUGGGAAGAGACGGGGGAGGCCAGAACCUUCUCAUUUUCGAACGACUUGGAGGUUAUUGGGUUGAUGUAGGAUGCGCUGAAUUAAUUGAAUCCGGUCAGGUGAAAGUCAAGCAGGGUGUCGAACCCAAGCGGUUCACGGAAAAUGGGCUGGGCUUCACCGAUGACACCGAGCUUGACGCGGAUGUGAUCAUCUGGGCCACUGGUUAUGUGGACCCUCGAGAAAGCCUCAAGACAAUUUUUGGAGACAACGUCAUCGGUCAGACCAGCGAACUGUGGGGUCUGGACGAAGAGUAUGAGAUAAGAGGGUCUUAUCGUUCGUCCGGAUAUCCUGGACUGUGGUACGGUGCGGGGGGAUUUGAUGCAUCACGGUUCUUGUCAAAGCAGCUGGUGCGCACCUUCUCUAAGAUAUCCCAUCGAGGCACCUGA